AUGAUCUUCGCCUUCCUCUCCCUCCUCACCGUCGCCGCCGCGAUCCGCGUCACGUCCCCCUCCUCGUCGACCGUUUGGGCCAGCGGCACGUCCGCUCAGACCAUCACCUGGGAGGCGGUCAGCUCUGAUCCUACCAGCUUCACCAUCCAGCUCGUCAACCAAGCCGGCUUCCUCUCCAACUCCCCCGUCACCAUCAAAGAGAGCCAGUCCAGCUCCACCGGCAGCUCCAACUCGGCCAGCAUUACCUACCCGGGCGGAACCUGGCCCGUCGGGACCGCGUUCCAGAUCAACCUCGUCACGUCAACCAUGUCCAACCAGGCCAUCCUCGCUCAGUCCAACCAGUUCAACAUUACCAACUCUGGCGCGGCGGCGGUUGCGUCGAGCUCUACCGGAAUGGCGCCCACCACCGUGUCGUAUGCGAGCGCGUUCGCGACCGUGUCGGCCCCGUCAUCAGUGGUGACUGUGACGAGCACCUCUGGCUCUGCUGGAGACGCGUCGGGAGGCAUUCCCAACUCUGCCGCCAGCUCCCGCUCCGCCGGCGAGAAACCCGCUCCCUCCGCCUUCAUCUCCCUCCUCCUGGCCGCCGCCGCGGCGUUCGGCAUCCUCGCUUGA